CUGUCCAUCAAGAGGUGCUUCAGCGGAGUCAUGGCCGGCUCACAGAGAGCCAAUCAGCAUCCACGCCUCUGUUUCAUCAUCUGUGUCUCAACUAUCUUACUACUGAUCCUCUGCAGCCAAGCUUUAAGAGACAGACGGCAGCAAGAGAGACACAGAAGAGACGAGCUGGACUCCACAGAGAUCCCAGCAGAGCACAUCGACCCGGCUGCCAUCGACCUCACUCCUCUGGUCAAUACUUUAAUAAAUACAAGCCAAUCGGGCUCCCGGCAGCUCUUCUCCCUCCUCAGUGUGACGUCCUACAGCUCUCUGGCUCUGCAUAAACUCACCCUGUUGGUCUACAACAUUUCCAGCAUCAGAAGUAUAGAAAGCAACAAGUUCAGGAGGAGAUUCUGCUACUGUGUCACAAAUGAGACCAACGAUCUAACAGACUUUACCGCAAUACUGUUGGACGUGAUGGGAAACUCAACAAGUUACCUUCACGAGCUCUUUAAAUCUGCUUCCAUAUUAUCAGUAAGCCAGAGGAACAACUCUGACUGUAUUUACAUCUGUGUGAUGGCUGGCAAAAUGGGCAGAGAGGUGCCAGAGCUGUGGGAGGUCGGCGCCAUCACACCGCUCUUCAACCAGACCAUCGUCGAAGGACCUCACAGAGUAGCUAAUGUCUCCUCCUUCAGACUUCCUGUCGAAUGGCACCAACUGCCCACGAAUCUGAGUCACAUCUCUCCAUCUGGGAUGAGCUCCAUGUUAACCAGCAGAGUCCAUUCUACCGCACAUGUUUCGCCACCAACUAUGGAUGAAACAGCAGCUACAACAGCCAAGAUCACCACUGCCCUACCGCCAGCAACAUCUCCACAGCCUGCAACCAUCACGCCACAAAGACAUACUACAACGCAAAGACUGGGGACGACGCAGAGAGUAACAACAGAAGAAAUGACGACAGCUACAAAAAAAACAACAAGUUCACAAUCAAUCAUCUCAAUGCAGCCAACCACCAUCCUGCAGGUCACCACUGCAUCAACGACAACUGAACCAGCUCAAACAAAGAGCUCCGCCAACCACGGACAGUGCUCGAUCAACUACAUUAAGAGCUCCACCAACCACAGAAAGAGCUCCACCAACCACAGAAAGAGCUCAAUCAACCACAGUAGGAGCUCCACCAACCACAGAAAGAGCUCCGCCAACCACAGAAAGAGCUCCGCCAACCACAGAAAGAGCUCCACCAACCACAGAAAGAGCUCGAUCAACCACAGUAGGAGCUCCACCAACCACAGAAAGAGCUCCACCAACCACAGAAAGAGCUCCACCAACCACAGAAAGAGCUCCACCAACCACAGAAAGAGCCCCACCAACCACAGAAAGAGCCCCACCAACCACAGAAAGAGCUCCACCAACCACAGAAAGAGCCCCGCCAACCACAGAAAGAUCUCCGCCAACCACAGAAAGAGCUCAGCCAACCACAGUAAGAGCACCGUCAACCACAUUGGCAGCUCGACCAACCACGCGGGACCUACUGUGCCGAGAAGGACUACAGUGCCUCUUAGCAGGAGAACUACAACAUCCAGCAUGUCUGAGGAAACAGAAAAAGCAGGUUGUCCUUGGAGGAGGCCGGAGCUGCCCGACGCCUCGCUCUCCGCCAGCAUGACCACGGUCAGCGCUCACAAGCUGCAGCCCUGCGUCCUGGAGCUCUGCAAGUUCUUCUCCCAGUGCCUCUGCAGACCGUUCAGCCACAAGACACGCAUGAAAAGGUACUGUGACGACAGCCACCUCUGGUACGAAAAACACACGUCUGAGGUGUGUCGGCGCGUCAGGAGGGUCUCCUUCUCCAGAAAUCUCAAACAGAGAUGCCUGACAAAGAUGUGCAGUAAACUAUGACCAAAGUGAGGCAGAGAGAAACAAAGAGCUGUUCAUCAUCAUCACAGGAAGUGACUGAAACUACAAACGCCUACAGCUGAGUAAACUUCUGGAACAUCUGGAGGAUGUGUGGAAACACAAUCUGGUGAUUUUUCUGACUCUGGAUGGAAUUUCAAAUUUUUCACGCCACAAGUUUUCACAUGACUUUUUACAUAUCUGCCAUAUUUUUGGUAUUUAUCACCAUAAUCUACGUGGUGGUGUGAUUUAGUGUUCGGUAUGG